GCUUCAUGUGUGUGAGGCAGGUACUCUACCACUAGGCUAUAUUCCCAGCCCCUAUAUGAAUAUAUUUUGUAGCACAUCCUCAUCCCUAAUAUUAUAGACUUAUAUAGUAACUAGUUGUAGAUGUUGAAAUCAGAAAAUUGGCUUAAUUUUGUUUUACUAAUAACUUAAAAGUAAAAGCCAAGCUUUUGCAAGAAUAAUAGAAAAUCAUGUAAUUCACUCUUAAGAUUAGAACCUGAUUUGGAAUGAUUAGUGUAUUUUUAAUUAUAUUAAUUACUUUAGUCAAAAAUAAAGUUGGAUUUUCAAACCAGUCACAGAAAGUAGAAAUUUGAUACAACAUCCAAAACAAAAACUUGAUUUGCAUACAAACCAUGGAUAUGUUGAUUUCACUUGUCUAACACGUCAGGUAACUGCAGUACCUCUCCUUUUAAGAACAUUCUUUCAUGUUUGAUGUCUUUUCUUUACUCUGUUAGAAUUUUCAGUGUAGAAUUUGUACAAUGACUGUUCAUAUAUUAUUGAGCUUAGUUAUGUUCCGUGGGUGAAAACAUGAUAGAGCUUUUUUUUUUUCCUUUUUGUCUAUGUUUCUAUGCUUUUUUUUCAGGGAGGGGUAAAUUGCUAUCUGUAAAGUCCUCCCUUCCCCCAGUAUGCUACCUUGCUACAGAAUUGGCUUGUUAUUUUAUCAGGGACCUUUCACUUCUGUGAUUUCUCCUUCCCUCUCCACCAGGAAAGAAUGCAAUACUUAAGUCAUACUGCCUCCAAGACAUCUGAUGUUUUGACACUUCCUUAGCACAACUCUGCCAAACCCAAAUCCCUUUUGUUAAAACCCUUAUGUUGAUGAUCCACAUGGGGCAUCAGGGAUUACAGGUGCCAUGGCUAAAAAAUAGUAUGGGAAAGGAAUUUGAGGCCUGGUAUUAGAGGGAUGGGUGGAACUGAGGUGAACAGAUCCUAGGAGAGCAGUGAUUAUGAAUACGGGAGGAAAGGAAGAACAAUGUUUAUAGCAAGGACAUUUCUAUUAAAAGAAUACCAGACAGGAAAACGAAUGGGUGGGAAAAUUGUUUUCACUGUCAUGAGAAGCUAAUUAAAUAUUACUUUUCUGUUGGGGAUAGUGUUGAAGCAUUCUGAUUUCUCUGAGAAUACUCAAAUUUUUUCUACACAUAUCUUUAACUGGAAUCUAUACAUUAAAAGAAAAAAUAAUACAAUGAGCUUCCUAUAUCUGCACCUUUAGUGUGUUUCUAGGUUGUUCUGUUGUGCUUAAUAACGUGAUGAAGACCUGAGUGAGUUUGUGCUAAGUUUGGGGGAUUGGGGUUGUUUUGUUUCAUUCUGCUGGAAGUAUUUAAGACAGCUUAAAUACUGCCAGGAUUAAUUAACUCUGGCAGGCAACUCUUUGUGUUUUGUAUUAGACUUCAAAAAUCUUUUCUUGUUCUCCUUUUUCUGUUUUUUUUUCUGUUUUUUUUUAAUCCAGGAGAAUGCUUUAUUUCAACUUUUAGCUGACUAGAUGCUUAACUUAGUAACAAGUUUAGCCCUUGUAACUGGCUAGCUAAAAGCAAAUCGGCUUGUUUCUCAGAUCUUUGGGGGAUAGCAAGAAACAUUUGAGUGAAUGUUGUUGAAGAUUUUCAGUAGUAUAGAAAAUGAUGGCGCUCUUGUGAUAUUUGUAAGUACAAGCAAGGAUUUGGCACAGACAUCCUAUUUCAUGGCUACCAACAGUCUGCAUCUUACCACAUUCUGUCUUCAGUACAAACCAACAGUGAUAGCAUGUGUAUGCAUACAUUUGGCUUGCAAAUGGUCCAAUUGGGAGAUUCCUGUGUCAACUGAUGGAAAGCAUUGGUGGGAAUAUGUGGAUCCCACAGUUACUCUUGAGUUACUAGAUGAGCUAACACAUGAGUUUCUACAAAUAUUGGAGAAAACGCCUAGUAGGUUGAAGAGGAUUCGAAACUGGAGGGCUACUCAGGCGGCUCAGAAACCAAAAGUAGAUGGACAAGUAUCAGAGACACCACUUCUGGGUUCAUCUUUAGUCCAGAAUUCCAUUUUAGUAGAUAGUGUCACUGGUGUGCCUACAAACCCAAGUUUUCAGAAACCUUCUACAUCAACAUUUCCUCCACCAGUACCUCUAAAUUCAGGAAAUGUUUCUGUUCAGGACAGCCGUACAUCUGAUAAUUUGUCAGUGCUAGCAACGGGAAUGCCCAGCACCUCAUAUGGUUUGUCAUCUCACCAAGAAUGGCCUCAGCAUCAAGAAACAUCAAGGACAGAACCAAUAUAUUCACAGAAACAGGAAGCAUCUUUGUCUAGUAGCCAAUACAACAUCAACUUCCAGCAGGGACCUUCUAUAUCACUGCAUUCAGGGUUACAUCACAGACCUGACAAAAUAUCUGAUCAUUCUUCUGUUAAGCAAGAAUAUGCUCAUAAAGCAGGGAGCAGUAAACAUCAUGGGCCAAUUCCUGCUACUCCUGGAGUAAUUCCUCAUAAAAUGUCUUUAGAUAAAUACAGAGAAAAGCGUAAGCUAGAAACUCUUGAUCUCGAUGUAAGGGAUCAUUAUAUGGCUGCCCAGGUAGAACAGCAACACAAACAUGUGCAGUCACAGGCAGCCAGCAGCAGUUCUGUAACUUCUCCCAUUAAAAUGAAAAUUCCCAUCACAAAUGCCGAAAAGACUGAAAAAUAUAUGGCAGAGAAAAAAGAAAAGAGUGGAUUACUGAAAUUAAGAAUUCCAAUACCACCCACUGAUAAAGGCACCAGUAAAGAGGAACUGAAAAUGAAGAUUAAAGUUUCAUCCUCAGAAAGACACAGCUCUUCUGAUGAAGGCAGUGGAAAGAGCAAGCAUUCAAGCCCACAUAUUAGCAGAGACCAUAAGGAGAAGCACAAAGAACAUCCCACAAACCGCCACCAUGCCAGUGGCCACAAGCAUUCCCAUUUACAUGUUGGCAGCAGCAGUGCCAGUAAACACAGUGCUGAUGGAAUACCACCUACAGUUUUGAGGAGUCCAGUUGGCCUGAGCAGUGAUGGCAUUUCCUCUGGUUCCAGUUCUUCAAGAAAGAAGCUGCAUAUCAAUGAUGCCUCUUACAACCAUCACUCCAAAAUGAGCAAAAGUUCCAAAAGUUCAGGUAGUUCAUCUAGUUCUUCCUCCUCUGUUAAGCAGUAUAUAUCCUCUCACAACUCUGUUUUUAACCAUCCCUUACCCCCUCCCCCUGUCACAUACCAGGUGGGCUACGGACAUCUCAGCACCCUCGUGAAACUGGACAAGAAACCAGUGGAGACCAACGGUCCUGAUGCCAAUCACGAGUACAGUACAAACAGCCAGCAUAUGGACUACAAAGACACAUUCGACAUGCUGGACUCACUGUUAAGUGCCCAAGGAAUGAAUAUGUAAUCAUUUGUUUAGGUCAAUUUUUCCUUUUUUUAAUUUAAAAAUUGUUAGAAUGGAAAACCUCCUCCUGAUUUAGCAGUGGUAACACAUGCUUUUGCUGCCACUGCUUCAAUAUUUGUAAGUGCUGCUUUACUCGUCAUUCUGAAAAGAAGAGAUUAUAGUAAACAAGUCUUUAUCUCCACAUAUGAUAGUGUUAUAAAUACUGUAAAAGCAUGGAAGGUGCAAAAUUCAGUAUUUCUACAGUUGCAGCUGAGAACAUUAGGAUGAAUGGCUGGCUGCUUCUAGGAAUAUAAGAUGCGUCAAGCAUUCAUUAUUUAUAAUUUGAAUACUGUAGCUGUUUUUUGUUGCUUGGCUUUUGGAUGAGUGUAACUUGUUUUAUUUUGUGUAUUUAUAUGUGUAUGUAUGAUUUGCAUGUUUCAAUGAUAAAGGGAUAAAACAGUAUACUGACAACUGUUUACAAGAAAGUGGAGAAAAAUGUACAUACAUUUUUGUAUGUUUAGAUAUUACCAUAAAUACUCAGGAUUGGAGCUGCUUGUAAGUAUAACAAUAUACAGAAUAACUUUAUUUUCUCUUGUCAGAGUCCAUCACUAAUCUAAAAGGUGGCACUUUUUCAUGUAAACCUUAAACUCUAGGCCUUACUGGAAGCCACUGAUGGGGAGACACUUCACUACCAGAUGGGUAUACAGUGCCUCAGGUAGUCUUAUGCACUACAGAGCACUCAAAUUCUGCCUUCAGAGUUUCUGGCCAGAUUGACUAAUGAAAUAGCCCCUAAUUUUCUGAAGGCUUGAAGAGGAAAAAAAAAUAAAGUUUACAUACUCUUGAUGUGAAGUGCAUUUAAAUGUUGGCUUGUUGCAGUACCAUAAAACAACUAUUAAUGAUGGUUAUGUGGAUUACUGUGAUUUAAAAACUAAAUUUACAAAAGCAUACAUAGUGAAGAAUCAGUAAGUUUUUUGUUUAAAGAACUUAAACACUACAUAUAAUAGUAAGCUGAGAUUGCUUCCUUUAGCAUUCACGAUAACACCAUAUUUUUUACUAUACUCCUCCCCUGAGGUGUGUUUGCGUUGUGAUGCCAUAUUUCUUUUUCAGGUAAAUACAGUCUUCCUUAUAAAAAUGAAAAUAAACCUAUGCUCUCGAUUCUUUUAUAUACUAAUAAUAAAUAAAAAUAAAAUAUCACUGACUGUGCAUUGUACCUGUAUUUAUAGCUUAUGGUUGUUAUCAGGAAGCUAUGUUUUUUGUUUUUUAAGAGAAAAAAAAAUGCCAGCCUCCAGGCAGACCUGUAGUGGAGGAUUUUACGUUUGCACAUCUCAGUAUAUUCCUGUUGAGGUAAAGUUUGCACAGUCAUCUGACUCCUGAUCCAACAAUAGGCUUUAACUUGCGUACAUUUUGGUUUAAAUGCCAGUAGUCUGGCUCUUGUUUUUCAGUUAAUCUUGAAUUUUUUCUGUGGUAAAUCUUCAAGCUGUUGAGUAUCUUUAAGAGGGUUGGAUUCAACCUUGGUUGAACUGAAGACUAUGUUAAUUUUUCCUCUGUGUAUAUGAGCUAUUUUGUUACAAAGCUACUGGUAUGUGCACAAUUGUAAUUUUACUCAAGUAUAUUGUGGUUGUAAAUAUUAGAGGUUUGAACUUGUGAUCUACUUUUAUUUAGCAGUUACUUAAGUUGCCAGUAGCUUUAUAAUUUUUUAAAAUAAUUGUUCAUUACUUUGUCGAUGUUAUUUGAACUUUUGACAUACUAGGAGCCUCUUUGUAGGGACUUUGCCUAGGUAGCAUGUCCUCACAUUUGUUCUUGUCUUGCAUAACAUUAGUAAUCUUUGUCAUUAUAUGUAACUUUGUUGCUCUGUGUAGCAUAAUGUUGUAUCCAUAAACAUGGUAAUUUUGAUACAGUUAUACUUUACCAUGGUACAUAAUCCAAGGACUAGUAUAGAAUUAAGCUGAGUGCAAGAUGAGGGAGGGAAGGGUUUUGUUCUUGGUAAUUUAGAUGUGAAACCUCCACAGAGCUAUCAUGUAAAAUGACAUGGGGUGGUUGUGCUACUGUAUAAUG